CGAAGUACAUUCACUUAUACAGUCACGGGACUUUCGGAUGUCUAGUUAAUGGAUCAAACACAUAUAUGAGAGAACUUGGGAUUUUAAUUGACAGAUAGAUUUUAAGGAGGCUGUAAUUCUAACUGCAGAAGGCAUAUUAGAGCUCGGAACCUUAUUCCAGAUGUUGGUUCACACCUACUCGACCAUGGACCGUGCGGACGGACUGUCUGGCUCCUCUCCGAGCGGGCGACUGUCUCAGCUGUCCUCGCUAAACCAGGCAGCUUAUUCCUCGGCUCCACCGCUCUGCCACACACCGGCCUCCGACUUUCAACCGCCCUACUUUCCACCUCCAUACCACCAAUCUUCACUUUCCUACACCCAGAGUCAAGACGCCGGAUACCCGCACUUACCGGACCCCUAUCCCUCCAUCAACUCUCUCCAUCAGCACCAGCAGGCAGCGUGGCACUCUCAGCGCUCUCGCUCAGAGGAAGCGGGGCUUCUCUCACAAUCACACCGGGCGCUGAGUUUAGACCCGCGGAGGGAGUAUCCGGGCGUACCGCGGCUUCUCCAUCAUGGACUGGGUGAGGGAGCAGCGGCUCUGGGUGAGGGUCCUUUAGGAAUGCACGCAGUGGGUCAUCACGGUCUGGAUGAUAUUCAAGGCAUGGAGGAGGCAUCAGCUUUGGGAAUUCUGGACCAUUCUGUCAUCAAGAAAGUUCCUCUCCCGUCAAAGCUAAAUGGCUCAACGGUCUCUGCCCUGUCCCUUACUAAAGAUGGUCUGGGCCUGGGGUGUGUGUCGAACCCGGCAGAGGUUUUCUGCUCUGUCCCCGGCCGUUUGUCCCUCCUCAGCUCCACCUCUAAGUACAAGGUCACAGUUGGAGAGGUGCAGAGACGUCUUGCCCCACCUGAGUGCCUCAAUGCCUCGCUGCUUGGAGGAGUCCUGCGCAGAGCCAAAUCAAAAAACGGCGGCCGCUGUCUGCGAGAACGUCUGGAGAAGAUCGGUCUCAACCUGCCCGCCGGCCGCCGAAAGGCAGCCAACGUCACACUCCUCACGGCACUGGUGGAAGGUGAAGCGGUUCAUCUUGCACGGGACUUUGGGUACGUGUGCGAGACCGAGUUUCCAGCCCGGGCCACAGCAGAGUAUCUGUGCAGACAAACCAACCCGGAACAGUUGCCCACACGACGCAGUAUGUUGCUGGCCACCAAGGAGAUUUGCAAAGAGUUCAUGGAUCUGAUGUCACAGGACAGGUCGCCGUUGGGUGGCACCCGCCCCACCCCCUGCCUGGAGCCCGGGGUGCAAAGCAGCCUGACCCACUUCAGCCUCCUCACCCACGGAUUUGGCACGCCCGCCAUCUGCGCCGCCCUAUCGGCCUUCCAGAGCUACUUGCUAGAGGCCCUAAAACUGCUGGAUAAAGGGGAGGGAGGAAAGAGCCACCAUGACAAAGAAAUAAAGCACCGCAAAUGAACACUUUGGAAAAAGACAGUGCUGUUUCUGGGCCCUUCCUCACUUUUAGGAGUGUAUGAGUGUAUUUAUGUGUAUGAAUGUGUGUGUCAGCCAACUGAUUUACAUGCAGUAUCUUGCUGCCGGGUUCAGAUUUUGCGCCGACACAGAUCACAGAAACGCAAGCCAGUAUGGAAUGGUUACAUUCGUGUCUGAUGAAAUCUGAGGUCUCCCAGGAGAUGCAGGAAAUGCAACAAUUUUUGAUACACACUGCAUGUGGACCACAAACUCCCUCUGGAUCCUCGGGAUGAGAAGACUGAUAUUUGUGUUCUCUGGAGACCGGGGCCCAAAACCAAUCACACAUGGCACGGACAAUUAGAGUUGGGGUGGCAAUUUAUGUAUUAAACAACGAAUUUGUAAAAUGUCAUUUUGUACUUCAUGUUCUGUUUAUUAUUAAUGUUAUUGGUAUUCUUAUUGAUGUAUUGCAAUGUAAAUGUAAUAUAUUAUUAAAGCAAAACCAACAAACUGCUUUAUGCAAAGAAUAUGAAUUGAAGUUAUUUUGAAAUGCGAGGUUUGCAAAUUCUGUUUUUAGCAACACUAAACAGAAAAAAUUAUAUUUACUAUAGUAAAGUGCAGUAAACUGUAGUAUGCUGUGGUAUUUUACAGCAUGUAUAGCACUCUGUACUAUUAAUUAUAGUAAAUUAAUAAACUGUAGUAAUAUUUAUGCUGGCAAGGUCCAAUAACACUAUGGUAUCUAGGAAUUUUACUAUAGUUUACUACAGUAAAUACUAAAAGUAUACUGAAGUAUUUUUCAUGUGGUGUAAAUCGAUGGGCCACAGUGUUAAAUAAGCAUA